AACCUGGAAUCUUGAAAUCAAAUGCUGGUGUGCAAAUGCAAAGAGGAAUGGGGAAUCUCCUAUACAGAAGCCUGCUUAGGAAACUAGAUAAAUAAAGGGUGACCGUGAAGUUCAAGAACAUAUUAGAAGUUCUCAUCUAAAAGACUGAAGCAAAGCACAGCAAUAAAUGUGCAGUUCUUAGAAAUUGUUAAGGACUGAUGAAGGUUCUCAGCAUGCCUUCAUAUCUGCAGAAAUGGGUGAGCUUGACUGGGAAGAACGAAGAGUGGGUUAGGGAGAUUGCACAGAAAAAUCUAGCGAAAAUGAGUAAAUGAAGAACCUGGUGAUGAGUGAAAGGAGAAAAUGGGGGAAUUGCUUAAUUAUUGAUCCCUUAACAAUUUAAGUUGCAGACAAAGUUUGAAUACCAUGCGCUUAAGAUCAUCACUUCAUCAUCCAAGGACCUGAUCCCAUGGAGACUUGCAUGCUUGUUUAACAAUGGAUGUUUCAAGCGGUACCACUGAUUUAUUACUCUUCCUACUGUUACCUGAUUUGAAGACAGUCAGUCCUUCAAAUCUACCUUUUGUUCCCCUGCCACCUGAGACUUCCCAGCCUGCUGUCUGGAGUCAGCAAGCACUAGGAAAGUCUUCUCACACUGCAGCUUCAUCCUCCAAGACCUCUCUCUUGUGCCUAGGCCUUCCCUGCUGCGGCUAUAUUGCCUGCAUGUACCACUGAUGGGGAACUACUGUAGGGGAGAGCAGAGGGCGCAUCAUCAUUAACCAAGCGAGGGCCUUCCAGCUCGCUGCCAGACCCCACGUGCUCACCCACUGGGAGUCAGACUUUGAAGACGUGAUGAAGUGACAGAACCGCAGGCAGAGGAACUUGUGAAAGUGACACAGCUGUACUGUAAAAACGCUAGCCCACAGACUUUGCUGCCAGAGGAACUUAACUGCCAGCGCUGAUAGACCUGAGAAGAGGAUUGCCUGAGACAUGGAGCGAGAACCGAUGCGCAUAAGGGAGGGCUACUUGGUUAAGAAGGGCAGCAUGUUUAAUACCUGGAAGCCAAUGUGGGUCGUGCUCUUAGAAGAUGGAAUUGAAUUUUACAAGCGGAAGGCUGACAACAGCCCCAAAGGGAUGGUCCCACUAAAAGGAAGCUCUAUUAACAGCCCAUGCCAAGAUUUUGGCAAAAGAAUGUUUGUCUUCAAGCUCACUGCGGCCAAGCAGCAGGACCACUUUUUUCAAGCUGCCUAUCUGGAGGAGAGAGAUGCCUGGGUACGGGAUAUCAAGAAAGCAAUUCAUUGCAUAGAUGGAGGCCAAAGGUUUGCCAGAAAAUCCACAAGGAAGUCUAUCAGACUGCCUGAAACAAUCAACCUGAGUGCUCUGUACCUCUCAAUGAAAGACCCUGAAAAGGGAAUAAAGGAGUUGAAGCUGGAAAAAGAUAAAAAAGUGUUCAAUCACUGCUUUACAGGCACCUCUGUGAUUGACUGGCUGGUGUCUAGCAACUCCAUCCGAAAUCGCAAAGAAGGUCUUAUGCUUGCCUCUUCCCUCUUGAGUGAAGGCUACCUACAGCCUGCAGGGGAUACAUCCAAGGCUGCUGCCGAGGGACUGUCAGACAUCCCCUUCUUAGAUCUUAGUGAUGCCUACUAUUACUUUCCAGACAGUGGGUUUUUCUGCGAGGGAAAUUCUAGUGAUGAUGAUGUGGUCCUGAAAGAAGAAUUCAGAGGCAUAGUAGUCAAACAAGGAUGUUUGCUGAAACAGGGACAUCGGAGGAAGAACUGGAAAGUGAGAAAGUUUGUUUUAAGAGAGGACCCUGCAUAUCUUCACUACUAUGAUCCUGCUGGAGGAGAAGAACCACUAGGAGCAAUUCACUUGAGAGGCUGCGUGGUGACUGCAGUGGAAGAUAUGCCAGACUCCAAGAAGUAUGACGUUGACAACAUCCUCUUUGAAAUCAUCACAGCAAAUGAAGUCCACUACUACUUGCAAGCAGCCUCAUCUGCAGAGCGUACAGAGUGGAUCAAAGCAAUUCAGGCAGUUGCUAGGACUGGAAAAUGAAGAUGAUCUGCCAGUGAGAAGACAGACAACUGAAAUUAGUUACUCAAAACAAAACAGGAAUUUUAGCAUUUCACUGAGAGAAAGCAGUAUCAUCCAGAAAGCUGUCCUAAGGCUUGCGGGUUGGGGGUGAGGGCGGGUAGUAAGUUUCAAUUCUGUAGUGGGCACUAACAAACUAACAUUUUUUCCACUUGUGUUAUGGUAAUAUUUUACUAAGUUAUAGCAUAGAACAUGUCAUAUUAGUGUGUGCUGCUUAGAGUAAUCAAUCUACCUUGGGAAGGUUGUACCUUGUACUUUUCCCUGCUGCCACAGCUGAUAGUGAGAAUUUCACCAUUAACAGGGGACAGAGUCAUGUCACUGUCUGUAAGUGAGGAACUCAACCAGUCACCUACCAUUCAGCCCGUGUUGUGUUUCAGUAUCUUCAGAUAUUUCAAAGACUUUCCAAGACAAACUUUACACUUUCUUCUUUACCAGAUCUUUUUACUGCUUGCUCAUCUAUACAAGUAAUGCCAUAGAUUUAAGGAAAGAAAUUAACUCACUUGGAAACCUGAGCCUCUCCUUUAUAAUCCUUCAGUGUUAAGGAAGGGAAGAAUGCAGACAGCUAUGGAAACACCAUGUGGAAAGCAAGUACAACUCAAUGACAGCGGUAUGAGGAAAAGUCUCUUCCCACAGUAUUUCAAACACGAAGCGAUCUCAGUUCAACUUCUUUAUCACCUGAUUUUGACCUUUGCUAAAUUUCUCCACAAGAAUCUGCUCUAGGACCAUUGUUUCCCUUCAUUUAGAUCUCCAAAGCAGUUGCUAGGGUGUCAUGCACUGCUGAUUUGACCUGUAUUUGAAUUAAGAAUCUUACAGGAGAAGGGAAAGGAUCCGUGGGUUACUUACUUGAACUACUGAUUGAAGUGGUUUUGUUUAGGUUUUUCUUUUUCUUUUUUAACCUCCAGCAACAUACUCAGUCCUUGGUUCUGUGCCUUAGUAAUAUAAGAGAAACCCUAUGCUUGCUGUAACUCAAAUAAACAUUAUUAAUCGACAGGAUCAGUUUACCUGAUCAAUCCU